AUGCCACGUCCUAGACGCCUCGAUGUCGCAAAAAUACGGCAAACCAGCACUGCCGAGGCCCUGAGCAGAGAAACCCGGACCUGUUUUACGACCCGAGCCGACGGAGAAGGCAGUAACCAGUGGUCGUCACUGAAGACGUCAAUCUAUGGAGCAGCUGAGAAAAUUCUUGGGUACACCCAGCGACGACUCAGUGACUGGAGCAACGGAAGAACUCUGCGGUUGUCUGCUCAGACGGCUCGAGCCAGGUCCCGUAACGAUAACCGCUCCCGCCAACUUCGGAAGAUGACGGAAAAGUCAGCCAGGGAUGACGGGAUGCAAUAUUGGGCUGAAAUAGCGACCUCCAUGGAACAGGUCUUGAACGUUGGUGAAACUCGAAAACUCUACCAACUUAUCCUCCAAGUUAUCGGCAAGCCCUCUACACUGAGUGACUCUGUUCGCGACGUGAAUGACGGCUCUAUUGCUGACAACUCAACCAAAGUCGAGCCCUGGCGUGAGCGCUUCCAGCACCAUCUCAACUUCGACACGCAGCUCACCACGCCCUUGCUCUCCUCUUCAGCAGAGUUUCUUCCUUCUCCCACCUAUGCAGUGCCAUGCGAUUCCCCCUCUGAAGGAGAGGUCGAAAAUGCCAUACGAAAGCUACGCAACAAUAAGGCACCCGGAGAGGACAGCAUACCUGCUGAAAUCUUCAAGUCUUGUGUCGACACUCUGGCUCCAUGGGGUGAUUGA